AUGUCAUCCUUUCUCAGCCAGGCGUCAAAAUUUCAAGCGACAUCUGCUAUUAAUGGGUUGCUAUCAAGUCUUUUGCCUGGUGUUCCCAAAAUCAGAGCUAAUAGUGUUAAAGCAAGAGUGAAUAAUGGGUCGAAGGCUCAGUUGAUUGAUAGAAAUUUGAAGAAGAGGGUAGAGUUACAAAAUCGAGAUGUUCAUAAGAUUAAGAAAAGAUCUAAACAGGCCAAAAAGAGACUGGUCAAAAAACAUAAGUGUGAUAAGGAGCGACUUGAACAACUGGCGAAAUAUCAGGUUCUGAAAAAACAUCAAGAAGAAGGGACUUUGACUGAACAUGAGAAAAAGUACUUGAAUAAAUUAAUUAGAAGAAACUCCCAGAAUUUGAGGUCGUGGGAUUUGAGAGAGGAAGUACGAGAUGAGCUUAAUGAUAUCCAACAAUACAUCUUAAAACAAACAGUUUCGACCACGAACGCGGAGAGGAGUCAAAGAAGAAGGUCCAAGAGGAAGCAGUUCAAAGAAGAUAUUUCCCAGAGUGAUUCUGUUAAGGACCACAGAUAUCCCGGUUUGACACCGGGAUUGGCACCUGUAGGAGCAAGUGACGAGGAAGAAUCUAGUGAAGAGGAAGACUAA